UUGUUUUAAAAUCUUAAAUAAAUUGACAGUAUUUGGCAGUUAAUUCUUCAUAACUUAAUAUAUUCGUUUCGCAUACCUUUGAAUCACCGAUUCUUUGGGAGCAAAUAUUGUGGAUUCUGCAAAUAUUUUCACCAAGUAUGGAGCUCACUCGAAAGAAAUAUGAAGUAAUCAGUGCUGCAAUGUAUCAUAUAGUAGCUUUUUGUGUGUUAAUAUGUGCGAGCCUCAUUUUGAUUAUUAUCCAAACAGUAUUUUCAUAUUGUGUUUCUGCAGAAUCAGAUCUCGCCUGGCCUUCAGUUCUAAUUCCGUUCGCUUACAUUGCUGCGUUUUUAUUAAUUUUAACUGCUGGUGCAACCUUGACUGCUGGAUUAGCAGACUCAGAUGAAUGGGACACAGCCAGUGUUGUUAGUUGCAUCUUUCCACUAAUAGUAACAACUGCAAUCGCAUGCACAACUAUACAACAGUACGUGGAUGGAUCUCUACCUAAAUCAAGCAUGUUAAUUAUGGGUAUUAUUAACAGUAUAAUAGCUUUUUUAUGUUUUAUCCACGGUAUUUUAUUAUGUGCUGAUUUUCGCUUAUGUAUAAAUGUGAAAGUUCAUGACUCGCUCCCAACAAUAGAAAUCUCCAUACCUAAAGUAACCUUAGAAGAUGGGUCUGUUUUAUUGGAUGAUGCUAACUGUGUGAAUUCGAAUGAUGUCUGAUACAUCUUUUUAAUCGACAACCAACAAAUUACGUAGUAUACUAGUCUAACUUUUCUUCAUAUCCAUCUUAUAAAGUACUAAUCAGAUGUCAGUAUAUAAAAGUACUUAUUAGUAAAAAUUAUUUUUUCAAAGUAGUAGUAAUUGUUUGAUUUCUUUAAACUGAUAUGAUUUGGUCCGUAUACUCUACGUAUGAAAUGAUCUUGGCUUUAAUAAUUUGAUCAAAUCACUCUUGGCGAAAAAUAUACAUUAUUUUUGCGAUUAUAUUUCCGUACAUCGUCCUCUUGGUGCAUUUAUAAGCCUACUUUGCUUGCUACUGAUAUCUUGGAAUAAGGCCUAAGGAAUACUGAUGGACGAAUGGACUGUAUAGUUUGUUUCAAAUAGCCAGAGAUCACUUGUAGCCCCUAUAACAGAAUGUUAUACUUUC